UGACUCUGAUCCCGAUGAUAAAGUACAAUCUGAGGAACCAGAAGCGAUGGAAGAAUUGCCAGCAGAAGAGGAUAGUAUUAUGGUAAGAGAAGAAUUACCAACAACGAGUAACGAAGAAGUGGUAGUAGAAAAAGAAGUUAGCGAAAUGACGAUGGAUGAGGAAUUGACCGAAAGUUAA